AUGGAGGAUAAUCCAUGUGAAGUUGAAGGAGCAACUUCAAACACGAGUAGUCCAAUAACAGAAAGCAGUGAAUCAAUAGGAGAUGAUCAGGCUGCUCGUUUUAAAAAUCUUUAUGAUAAAUAUAGUUCACAACAAAAGGAAUUAGAGAGAUUAGAAGAGCAGAAUGCGGAGUAUCGCGAAAAACUGUUAAGAACAAUUCGGGAGAGAGAUUUGAAUGAUGAACUGCUUCGGAAUGUACGAGAAGAAACGAAAAAGGAGAACGAUGACUUGAAAAAGAAACUCAAAGAUACAGAAGUUCAGCUUAAAACUCUGCAAGAUAAAACUUCUGUUCAAGAAACUCAGUUCAACAAUACCAUCAAGGAUUUGAGUACAAAGUACAAUACUUCUCUUUCUCAGAUGUCAAAGAAAGCUGAUCAGGCGGAAAAAGACAAGAAUGAAGCUGUUAUAAAGUAUGCUACUAGAGAGGCAGAAAUAAUGAAAGUUCGAGCUGAAAUGCAGAAGAAAGAUCAGGAAGUCAAGGAGAUUGCAGUUGAAAAGGAGAAGCUCUUGAAGUGUCAAGAUCAAGAGAAUGUGGAACAGUUAGAAAAAACAGUCAAUUCUCUUCGUGUCGAGCUGGAAAAAAUAAAAAAUGAGAGAUUUGAUUUGGAAAAUCGACUCAAAAUGUCUGAGAAGAGGCUAGAUGCAUCACAAACCUCCAUUAACGAACUGAAACAGCAUUGUGAAGUUCUGAGAAAACAACUUAUUAAUACGAAGGAGGAAAGAAGUCAAUUGUAUAAUGAGAAUAGAGAACUAUCAGCUAGAAGCCAAUUACAAGAGAAUCGUCUCCAGCAAGAAACAGAAUCAGCAACAAAGUUCCAAUCAGAUUAUGAGUUGAAGUUUCAUGACCUGAAUGGAGAAGUUGUUCGUUUGCGAUCGGAGAAUCAUAAUUUGAAUAAUAGGAUGGAUAGCAUAACUAAGGAGAACUUAGACCUCAUUACUAAGUUACAAAAUCUAGAAGAUAAAUUGGAGCUGGAAGAAGAAAAUCACACUAUAUCUAAAAAAGAAAUUCUUCGCUUAUCCUUGUUUGAAUCGCAAGUCAAAAAGAAUUUGGAGAAGGCCGAGAGAUGUGAGAAAGCACAGCUUUCAGCAGAGCAAGAUAGAGAUAUAGCAGAAAAGGAAGCGGAAGAGUGUCGACUUCAAGCUGAAAGAAUGCUUCAAAUCACGGAACAAUUGAGUCAAAGAAACAGUCAGUUUGCGAGUGACACGGAACGGGAGCGGGAAAAGAAUCACGUUCUGGAACAGGAACUAGUUCAAAUCAAAGGGAGUCUUUCUAGAGCUGAGAGCCGGAUUUUGGAUUUGGACAAAGAUUUAAAGGAAGCUCAAGGAUCCUCUGACAGCGAGAAUAGUCGUUUGAAAGAGGAACUGAAACUGAAAAUACAGCAGGUUCAAGAAUUGACUCAAAAGCUAACAGAAGAAAAGAAUGACUCCGCUGCUUACAAAAGAAAGCAGACUGCCAACGUGAAGGAAUUGAAGCAAGAGCUGUCUAAUUUAAGAAAACAGCUGGAGUCAGGUCAUUCGGACAGUCUUCUGAGUGCUUCAACCUCAAAUAGCAACUUGCCUAGUAUUUCAUCUCGAUCCAGAGCUAGCUCUAUAACUAGUCUAGAUAGGACCACUAAUUGUUCACAAGAAGAACAUCCCAAUAGCACCGUAAGCCAAAAAUCUGAAGAGAUAUCCACUUCUAUGCAACAAGCUAUGGUUGAUAAGAUUGUGCAAUUGCAACGAAAAUUAGCGCGUCGAACAGAGAAGAUUGAAUUUUUGGAAGAGCAUGUGAAGCAAUGCUUGGAAGAACUUCAGAAAAAGACAAAGAUCAUUCAAAACUAUGCUCUCAGAGAAGAGUCGUCGCUGCUUUUGCCUCAAGACGCUUCCCUGGACCAGCUUUUUGAUAUUUGUGAGAUAGUUCAGGUGCCAAUGUUGAAAAAAGGAACUAGUUAUGCUCUAAUGGGGUCUAUCUUCAAUACGGGAGAGAAACGGAGUCUCCAAUUAGUAACAGAAGUAAAUUCGCGUCUUCAAGCUGUGCUCGAGGAUACGCUGCUCAAAAAUAUAACAUUAAAGAAUUCUGUGGAGUCGCUGGGAAAUGAGAUUUCUCGCUUGUCUCGUGAGAAUAGAGUUCUAUUGAUAACUCAAGCAAAAGAUUAA